CUCACGUCGGAGAAGCCGCUUCCGUUUCCAACGCCGCAUUCCGGCCACACCUGCCUGUGCCCGAGCCCCGGCUCGCUCCGCCGCCCGACCCACCCGAGGAAGCCCCCGCGUUCAGCAGCCCCAGCGAGCCAUGUCGGAGGAGGAUUAUUUGUGUGUGAAGACUGAGGACGAGGAUGAAGCCAUGAUUAUGGACCAUGGAGACAACGGACUGUCCACUSCAGUGCAGCAAAACUCUGAAGCAAACAGUGCUGUUCACCACRUGGGCCAACUUGCCUAUGAAAGCGAAGGCUUGCCAGUGCUUGCUGAUCAAACAGCCUCACAAAUGAGCCGUUCUACAAUGAUGCAGAGAAGAAAUGGUCACAGCCCUGAAAAAAUGGAUUUUGUGUUUUCACMUAAUAAAAGAAAACGACUUUCUCCUGCUGUAAUGGAAACCAAUGUGAUGAGAACCAGGGAAGAAGAAUAUGAAGAUAGUGACAGUGUCAUUUAUGAGUAUGAACCAGACUAUGAAUGUGAGAGCAUUUUAUCUGAAGCUUCCUACACUGGAUAUCAGCAGAAUCCACUUACAGAGGUCCUCAGUUAUUGCCAGGCCAUGUACGAUGCCAUACAGAAGCUGGAUAAAAAAUUUGACCUGCUUCAUCGUAAGGUCUCAGAGAUGCAGCAURCUCGUAUAAAGCCAUUAUUGCUCAAACCUAAACCAGUUGGAUUUACAUGCAGAAGUUCCAGUCAUUUUUCCCCAGGAAAAAUAAGAGUACAAAAACAUAUGGAAAGGGAUUUAAAUCUUCAUCUUUCUUCAUCAGGCCAGGGAAGGCAUAGCCCAGUUGUAAGGAUUCCUUUACAAAAUGGCCAUGUUCACAAAGUAAAACGUGCCCAGCAGAGUCUUCAGCUUGAAUCUCAGCAGCCUGAGAUKGGAAGGCAGAGCCCACCACUGCCCACCAUAGUUUCUACACAUUCAUUGCAUUCAUCAUACACAGAAACUAAUGGGAUGCCUGACCUUUCUCCACAAUCAAAUCUUGCUCCCAGUAUUGUGGAAAGUACUGUCAAGGUUGAGUCUUCACCAGUGGCAUCAUCAUCGAUACCAGCACCAUCUGAGCCCAGUCAGGAAAAAAAYGCUGUGGACUUGAACUACAGAAAUGCAUCUGGGGACAUGAAUAUUAGUGAAGAACUACCUUCUUCUUCAGUCUUCAUCAAUCGUAGCUUUGAGUUUGUUGGUGACCCAGCAAGAAAUGUAAAAGUUCUUGGAAACCAUUUGGCGAAGGCUCGGCAAAAGACUAAACCCAAGUAUGCAGCGCGCCACUUGGUCCGUGUCUUGUUCCCCAAGAAAACUUUAUUGUGCAGCGUUAUGGGAUCUAAUUCACGAGGGCGCAGGACAUUGGAUCCAAACAAAAUUGCUGCCAUAAGAGAGUUUCUUGCAACUAACUUUCCAACCUAUGAUUUGAGCGAGCAUGGAAAAGACUGGAAAACCUGUAUCACAAAUGUCAAUGCUAUGAUCCGCUGUUURCGCUGUGAAACAAAAGCAAACUUAGCAAGUUCUCCUAAGGAGACUGCUGAGGGGGAAGAAAAAGUGACUGAUGCUCCUGAUACAUCUCAUUGUGUAGAUUUAAAUUAUAAGGAAGAUAGUGGAGGCAAUUCUCAAAACUCUCAGAAAAUGACCGGCUCCACAAUUGACACAUGGCAGAAUUCAGGACUGGAUAAGAUUGCAGAAGUUUUCCACACAUCUUCAAUCAAGAAACAACAGUCUUUGGAACCUAUGGAACCUCUCGGGAGCCCAUGGCGCAAUGUUCAGUUGCCUUUCUCGGUAAUUUACGUCGCUAAGGGGAAGACACGGCCAGAGCUGUCAGCUCGCUUCCURAUUCGUCAUAUGUUCCCUGAGGAUGUGCUGGUGAAAAGCAACGUGUAUGGUAGUCUUGAUCGUGGYAUGAGCCCACUGGACUCCAACAAAAUUAAUGCUCUCAGAGACUUUCUUCAAGAGAAUUUUCCAUCCUUUGAUCUAAGUGAAAGUGGAUUUGAUUGGAAGGCAUGYGUGGCUGCCAUAAACAGCACCAUCCGCAGUCUCCGGCAUGAGCUUAAGAAAGCCACGGCUGGAAUSCGCCAGAGAGGCCUGGCAGCGCCGCCGGCGAGCGCACGGUGCCCCAAAGAGUCCCCCUUCCGUAAAGCCAAUGGAAAGUAAUGCUCUCAUCUCACGGAUUGAAGCACUCUGACAAUCUGUCUCAAAUCUAAAUUUAACAGGUUUUUAUUAAUCCCAUGUAGAAACCUAUAACAUCGAGUUGUCCCAUUCAAUGGAGUGGUCAGCAGCACUAAACAGAUCAUGUCAUGAGACCAAAGUUAGCAGAAGACUUGGGAGCCCUGACUCUUUGYAUAAGUAGUGUUUUUGCUCCUCAGAAAUUACUUUUGCUGGUCUCUGCAGCAUUUGCAAUGUGCUCUCUCCUAAAAGCAUCUUCUUCUUAUGAUUCAUUGAAUCUGAAAGACUAAUCUGAUUAGAAAAGAUGCACYGUGCAUCAGUUCAGCAGAAGCAGAUGGAAAUAAGGAAAGAGUUGUCCUCCUUGGAGGAUGAAUCAUAGCCAGCUAAAUUAUCUCAUUAUGUGUGAGGAAUGAAAUUUGCUAUGACAAUUGGAUAUCUUCAGCAAAAAUAASAGAAAGGAAAAAAUAUUUUUAAUUGCAUUUGGUUGAUUUGUAGURUCUGGACUUGAUGAUCUUAGAGGUCUUUUCCAACCUUAAUGAUUCUAUGAUCUGUCACAUUUUUGCCCCCUAUAGAAGUCUUUUUUGUAGGAUAAGUGGCAGACAACAAUGUAAGCACACCUGGUAAUACUACUUUGCUCUGAUUKAGCUCUACGAAAAGGACAAAAAAAAUCCAAAACAAACAGUCCAAUGGUUGGUUCUGUUUUUUUCUUAAUGAAAUUUAAGGAAAAUACUUCUUCAGGAUCCUGAACUACGCCAUCUCGUGGAUACUGCAGCUAAAGCUUCACACUUUCAGCAAAUCCCUUGUUGCAGGUGCAUAUGAGGUCCAGAAAAGCACUUCUCUGUCAAUAAUAAAUGUUCAUGCCCUUGCCUUUCUUUUCUGUCCACACAAGACUAAKAUUAGUUAGUACACUAAGUUAUAUAUUUAAAAAAACAAAUGAACUAACUAAUUUUAACAAACUAAUUUUGAAAAUCACUUGGAUUUUGAAUUCUUAAAUUAAUUACCAUGUAGAUUAAUUUCACAUCUUGCUCAGUUUCAUUUUUAAGUUAAAGUUCAAGAGCAGUAACUGUACAAAAGUUAAUGGGGUUUUUUGUUGGGUAGGUUCUUUGUUAUUUGGGGUUUUUUGUUCAUUUGUUUUCAAAAGAGGAAGUAAUCAUAGAACCAUAAAAUAUGCUGAGUUGGAAGGGACACAUCAGGAUCAUUGAGUCCARCUCCUGAUUCUGCGCAGGACCAUCCCCAAAAAUGACACCAUGUGCCUGAGAACAUUGUUCAAACGCUUCUUGAACUCUGUCAGGCUCRCGCUGUGACCACUGCCCUGGGGAGCCUGUUCCAGUGCCCAGCCACCCUCUGGGUGAAAAAMCUCCUGAGAUCCAACAUAAACCUGCCCUGACACAUCUUCAGGCCGUUCCCUCAGGUCAUGAGAGUGAAGAGAUUGGUAACUGCCCUUCCACUUCCCCUUGUGAGGAUGCUGAAGACCACAAUGAAGUCUCCCCUCAGUCCCCUCUUCUUCAGGCUGAACAAACCAAGUGACCUCGUAUGGCUUCCCCUCCAGACCYCUCACCAUCCUCAUGGCCAUCCUCUGGACACUCUCUAACAGCUCAAUGUCUUUUCUUGUAUGKUGGCACUGCCCACAGGAGUCAAGGUGAGGCCAGCCCAGUGCAGCAGAGCAGGACARUCCYCUCCCUUGCCUGGCUGGCAAUGCUGUGCCUGAUGCCCCCAGGACACAGCUGACCCUCCUGGCUGCCAGGGCACUGCUGGUUCAUGUUCAACUGCCAUURAYCAGGACMCCCAGGUCCCUUUCCAUGGUGCUGCUCUCCAGCCUGUCCUUCCCCAGUCUGUGCACACAGCCAGGGUUGCCCUGUUCAGGUGCAGAGUCCAGCCAUUAGCCUUGAUUAUCAAUUCCAUACGGUUGGAUAAGCCUUUCUGUUCAUGUUUUUCAGCAUCAGUCACACAGUUCUCCCAGUGUCUGUGCUGGCUGACUGGUGUGUGUGCUUGCCUUGCCACUUCUGUUGGGUCUGAGUGCAGUCUUGGAGGUCCAACUGCUUCACAGAAGGAAACUGCUUGAAAGACUGGCACAGGGAAUGGAUUUUACCUCUGAAAGCUGUGGAAACUGGCUUCCAAAAUAAUGCCCCUGUACACAGCAGAACUAGACCURUAUCUCUCCUCUCCACGGCAAAGGUUUCAUAGUUUAUUUGUUAGCAAUAGGAUGAAGUGAACUUACUCAUUCUCACUUCAACUUCUGUUGAAGUCUAACAAACAGGCAGUCUGUAUUAUAUAUAGGACCAGCUUUUAAAUUGCAGGUUAGGUUAUGCAAUGGCCUUAUCAAGUAUGAAAUUARUUAGUAAUUUAAGUUCCUCCUGCCACCUCCUUGCAGAAGUCCUUUGUAGGAUUUAAGAAACGGACUGAAUUUCUGAUUUUCUUUUCUUGCUAGAAAUGAUGUACUGCAAAAUUGGUUGUUGUGGUGUCCUAGUAACAAUCUUCUGUUACUGUUCUAUACAGUCCUUGUUGUAAAUGCCAAGAAGUUUGUUGUGUAUAUAGAUAUUACUAGUUUCAAACCUCAGAAGAAGCCAAAAAUGCUUAUAUUUUUUCAGUAGUUUUAUUAAUUAUUGGUAGAAGGAUAUAUUUAUUGAAUUACAUGUCUGGCACUGAAAUUUUUUAAGUGUGGUGCAUACCUAUAGCUUCCUUAUUGAAAAGAGAAUUGAAUAAUUGAAGUAGAGAUAGUUUUCUUGUUUCUGUUUCAAAUGUAUUGAAUUUUGCUAACUUUUAUAAAGUAAAUAUAAGUAUUUUGCUGUUAGGAAUAAAGUAUUUUACAAAUAAAACUAACAUAUAGCUCUUUGAYUGCAUGUGUGUGUCUUAAGUAUUUCUUGCAUCAUGGAUCUACAGUUCGAGUACAGUUUAAUCUGAAGAGAUUUUUCUCAUGUCCUCUAAAGUACCAYGGCUUUGAGAGAUCUGCUGGUUGAGGUGAGAUAUUUUCAGAUUUAGAUUGCCUUAACUGUAAAGCAAAACAAACUCUUCUGGACUUGACUUGUCAGUUACAGCUGUGUGCAAAUUAUCCAAAACAGAUUUCCACAAAAGAAUGGCAGUUGCGUAAAAUCUUUAAGAAAGUCCUUUAAAUUCAUGGAUUAGUGGAUGAUGCCUUAUUCAUGCAGUGGAAUCAGUUUCUGUGUUAGCCUUUAUUCAAGGGAYGAACAGGGCUGGCAGGAAGCACUGUGUGUUCAGUGCCAGGUGCUGUGGGUCCCUGGAUGUGACCUAAGGAGCGAAGAGCUCUUUGCUGCACUUGUGUCAGGGAGCAGCUUGAGCCGCAGGAACGGGCACCCUCAACAGGCAGGUGUGCCCUUCCCACCAUGGAGCUGUGGGUGGGCUGGUCCCCAGCAGGGGCCACUGCCAGCACCACAGGGGACAGGGUGACGAGCCGGGUGCAG